CAUCCUCACGUUAACCAUAUCAAUAUCCUUAUAGGGUCUUUAUAUAAAUUAACCCAAAGGCUUCUCUUUCUGCCUCAUAACUUCAAGACUCUUGUCUAUAUAAUCUUACAAAAAAAUGAAAAUGAUAAUCCAUAUUUUCUUCAUCCUCUCCUUAGUUUCAUCCACCUCUUUUGCCUCCGUUCUAGACUUUUGUGUAGCUGAUCCAAAGGGUCCUCAAAACCCAUCGGGAUACUCUUGCAAGAACCCUGACCAAGUCACCGAGAAUGACUUCGCAUUCUCCGGUCUCGCCAAAGCCGGAAACACUUCCAACAUCAUUAAAGCCGCUGUGACUCCAGCCUUUGCACCUGCCUUCGCAGGUCUCAAUGGGCUUGAUGUCUCAUUGGCUCGUCUUGACUUAGCCGGUGGUGGUGUCAUCCCUCUUCAUACUCAUCCUGGUGCAUCUGAGGUCCUUGUAGUCAUACAAGGAACCAUCAGCGCUGGUUUUAUCUCCUCUGCUAACAAGGUUUACUUGAAGACUCUCUCGAGAGGAGAUUCUAUGGUGUUUCCUCAAGGGCUUCUUCAUUUUCAGCUUAACUCUGGGAAAGGUCCUGCAUUGGCCUUUGUUGCCUUUGGAAGCUCCUCUCCAGGGCUUCAGAUUCUGCCCUUUGCUUUGUUUGCAAAUGAUUUGCCUUCAGAACUUGUUGAAGCCACGACGUUCCUUAGUGAUGAAGAGGUUAAGAAGCUCAAGGGUGUGCUUGGAGGAACUAAUUAAGCAUUCUUUAGUUUUUUUUGUGUGUUUAUGAGUUCUUUUUUUUUUCAAGUUCUUCUAGCACUCUGAUGUUUAUUCGAAUGGUUGUGUGUUCUUUGUGUUGCUACUUGUCUCCAUGGUUUGAAUUGUAAUAAUAAGUAAUAAGCAUUACAUUGCAGACA